AUGUCUACUCUUCAGGCUGUCAAGUACACCCGCGGCAAGCUCGAAGUUCUCGACCAACUCCGCCUCCCCCACGAAUUCCACUACGAUGAGGUCUCCAACAGGACUGAGGCAUUCGACAGCAUUUAUACUAUGCGAGUUCGUGGCGCCCCGGCCAUCGCCAUUGUCGCUGCCCUGGGUCUUGCAGUAGAGCUUCACAAUGGAAGCUGCACAGCUUCAUCCGCCGAAGAGGCCAUCGGCCAGAUUGAAGAAGCUCUCGAUUACCUCAAGGAGAGCCGACCCACGGCCGUGGACCUGACCAAUGCUAUUAACCAGCUCAAGGCCAGGAUACGGGAAGUUGGAAGCACCGCGACCAAGGAGGCCGUCAUUUCUGCAUUUAUCGAGGAAGCAGAGAAGAUCUUUGAGAAGGAUCUCAAGACCAACCUGUCUAUUGGCGACUUUGGUGCCGAGUGGCUGCGCGCCCAAGUCGGCGCUUCCCCCGAACAGCAGAUCUCGGUCCUCACCCACUGCAACACUGGAUCGCUCGCCACCUCCGGCCACGGCACUGCUCUGGGAAUUAUCCGAACACUUCAAACCAAGAAGCUCCUCCAGCACGCCUUCUGCACCGAGACUCGUCCCUACAACCAAGGAAGUCGACUUACCGCCUUUGAGCUCGUCUUUGAAGGCAUUCCCAGCACUCUCAUCACCGAUUCCAUGGCUGCAUCUCUUUUCCGCACCCGAAAGCAAGAGAAGAACAUUGCCGCUGUUAUUGUUGGAGCCGACCGAGUUGUGCGCAACGGCGAUACGGCCAACAAGAUUGGCACAUACCAACUGGCUGUUUUAGCCAAGCACCACGGAGUCAAGUUCAUUGUCGCGGCACCCACAACCAGCAUUGACCUUGAGACGGAGACGGGUGAUGGCAUCAAGAUUGAGGAGAGAAAGAAGGAGGAGCUCACGCAGGUCACUGGAGCUGUGAUCAAGCCUGAUGGUACCGUGGACGAGAGCUCCAAGGUGCGGGUGGCUACCGCCGACCAGAGGAUCAACGUGUGGAACCCUGCUUUUGAUGUUACUCCCGCCGAGUUCAUCGACACCGUGGUCACUGAGAAGGGCGCUAUCGAGAAGGGUCCUGACGGCAAGUUUGACUUUAGCCAAAUCCUGCCAGAGCGCUGGGCCAAGAUCACUAGUGCUUAA